AUGGAGCAUAGUGUAAAGUUUUCUGAGACGGACUUUAAGCACGAGUUUGUAGAAGUAAGUUCUGAGUCUGUGAUGUAUCCGAAGUACAGAGAAAAGUACAUUGAACAGACACAGAAAUAUAUUGUGAAGGCACUGGAGGGGAAGAAGAUAUCAUGCAACAUUGAUUUAGAGAAGAGAAUUAUUGACGUGGCGACGAACAAGAGCACAAGGGAUCCGUUUAUAUUUAUCAAGGCGGUUAACUUUGUCAAGCUUGUGAGCCGGGGGGUUGGAGUUGAAGAGGCGAUGAAAGUGCUGGAGGACGAAUACUUUUGUGAAGUGAUUGAUAUAAAGAGGCUAGCAAGCUCUGACAAGGUGUUUGAAAAGAGAAGAGACAGACUAAUAGGGCCCAAGGAGAUGACACUGAAGGCCAUCCAGAUUCUGACGAAGUGCUAUGUUCUUGUACAUGGCAAGACUGUAAGUAUUAUCGGGAGCUUCAAAGGUAUUGAGGAGGUGAAGAAGAUUGUGAUUGAUUGCAUGAACAACAUUCAUCCGAUGUACCAGAUUAAAAAGCUUGUGGAAAAAAGAAAGCUGGAGGGAGACAAGACCAAGGAGGGAGAGGAUUGGAGCCGAUUCCUUCCGGAGAUCAAGAAGAGCAACAAAAAGUCGAAGAAGAAGAUUGUUGGAAGACCGAGCGGGGGCAUGCCCUCUGAUAUACCAAAGAGAAAGGAAGACAUUGAGAUGGAGACAGGAGAGUACUUUACCGACGGAGAUUUUGAUUCUGGAAAAAAGGAAAACGGUGGAGAAAAGAAGAAAAGGAAGAAGGAGGAUGCAGAGAAGUACGUUGCGCCUGAAGAAUGA